UUGCGCAAUUCUUCCACGAAAGAUAAGUUUAUGCAGGAAUUUGGAUUAUUUUUAAGUAGAAAAGUGCAAUAUGACUUAAAAUAGCGCACAUCUGAUUUAAUUUAAGCUGGUACCAUUUUAAAUAGAGUAAAUUCUAUAAAUAACCACAACUAAACCUAAGAAAAAGAUGGUUUAAACACAAAACAUAUAAAAAAAUCAUUAAAAACCAUUAUUAUAUUCCAAACAUUCACAAAAUUUGUUUUAUUAAAACCAAAUUCUCACACUUUUCCACUCAAAAUUUUAAAUUUCUUGAUUUUAAAUCCGUUCCUGGGCAAGUAAACACAUACCAGCCGUCAUCAUUCAUUUCAUGCAUUGCAAACGUGUAACAAACACACAAAUGAAUCCGGAUUUAAGUGUACUUUAUUAAAUUUGCCGAAUUUCUACAGCCAUUAAGUGCUAAUUACAGUCUAGCACCCAUUUUAACAUUAAAUAUCUACUCAAACUUUGUGAAAAUGGAAGAAAACACGUUUGGAGACUUCUACAAGGAGGAAUUUGACAUUGAUGAGUUUCUCAAUAAACAAACCGAAACAAAUGAACUCAAAGAGAUUCUAUACUCUUUGAAUGAGAUGAAGAAUAAAAACGCCAAUCAGAUGACAACAGUGCUCAGAGAGAAAACUGAUGCUGUUAUUCUCAUUGCUGAACAACUUCAGAGUUUGUAUAAGAAGAUUGAUAAUCUACAGAGUCCAUUAGCACAGUUAAAAGAAGAAGUACAGAUUGUGACAACCAGAGUUCAUGAUACUGUGCAUGCCUAUGACAAAACAGAGUCUUACUAUCAAGAUAUUAACAAAACCAAAGCAGAUUUUGUUGCAAUUCGUGCCUAUAAAGUUGUAAUCACACAAACACAACAACUUUUAAAGAUAUUGAUGAAUCAGGAUGAUGUUGACUUUGACACUCUUGAGAGAUUGGUCUGCAAGUAUGCUUUUCAUGCAUUUGUUCUCAACAAAUUGAAUAUUGUUGAUACAAGUGACACAAAAAAACCUUCAAUUGAUAUCUCCAUCAAAUUGAUAUUGCGAGACAGUUUCUUGAAGGCACAUUCAGCAGGAAACAGUGAUAAAGUGAUGAGAAUUAUUGAUAUGUUUGUGUAUUUGGGUAUGCUGGACAUGUUAAAGGAAAUUGUGUGUGAUGACAUUGUUAAACCAAAAGUUGCGCCUGUUUUCUGCGAGGAAAAUCUUCGUGCGUGCGGGAAUGAUAUGAGUUUAGUGUAUGCACAGGCUCUGAGAGUGUUACAACAUGAUUUGAAACUUCUGAACAACAUCAUAAGAACUGAAAAUAUCAACCUGGAUAUCAUCUUAGAUUGUUACUGGAACGUCGUGGAUAAACUUUUACGCACGAAUUUGAUUAGUAUCACAGCUGCUGGUCAUCCAGAUGCGUUUUUCAAACAUUUUAAUCAUACGCAUGAAUUUCUGCAGGAAAUUGGUGUGAUUCACGGUAAUCGCGAGUUGUACAAACAACACCAUAGUUUUAUUGAGCAUUUGAAGCGUUUUAACCUUUUGGUUUAUUACGAAAUACGGCAUCAGUACGUUUCGAGCUCUUUUGAGUUGGUUAUUAUCAAAUCUUCAGAGUUUUCUGAUGUUGAACAACUUGAAAAAGUGUGCACAACGAAAACUCCCAGAGGAAUCUUUAAACUGAAGUCAAGUCUUGCUCUAAACAUAUUAAUAGAGUAUUUAUUUAGCGAAAAGGUGUUCAUGAGUAUAAUUAGUGAACAGUUUGCGAAAUCAGCGAUGUUAUUGACGGCGAGAUAUUCAAAUUGGGUUCAAAAAUGUUUGAUGUCUUCUUUGGUAAAAUAUCCAAGAUCACAAAAAAAUAUAACAAUAGCAGUGUAUUUAAUAAGUGAUCUUCAACUGUUGACUAAGUUUCUACCAGAAAACUACAAAAAAAUCGACAGUGCAAUCGACAACAAUAUUCGAAAUGCUUUAGAAAGCAAGUUACAAGAAGAUUUUGGGGAUUUAUAUAAAGAAGUCUCCGAUUAUUUAAUAAAUUAUCAUCUGAAUAAGAUAAAGGAUGAUUUAAAGAAUGUUUCGGACAUUCCAAGGCUUUACCGCAAAACAAAUCGUAGCGUGCCGCAGCAAGCAAGUUCAUAUGUAAAAGACGCGUUUAAAGAGAUUGUAAUACUAAGCAAAAUGUUGCAAAAUGAAGAGAAACAGGAAGGAAAUCAAAGAAUUUUACUUAAAUUGUUGCAAAGCGCAACAAAUGAAUACAAUUCAAUGGUGCACGGUGUGCUGAAUGCUGUUUUCAAAACAGAGGAGAGUUUGAAACGCCUGAAAUCAAGAAAUGUUACGUCUAAUGAAAGUGGAGUAUCGCAAGGAUCCAGUGAUGAAGCGAAAAUUCGACUUCAAAUUAAACUGGAUGUCAAACAGUUUGUACAGAGUGUAAAUAGCUUUAAAUUGAGCAAAUUGGAUGGUGAAUUGGAGGCGUUACUUGUACAAAUUGAAAAUUGUUGAUUGAGAUGACGAUUUCAUUGUAUAAUAUGUUGUAUUAUUAUGUUAUACGGCUUUAAUAA